UCUGAGCGGAGGCCAAGUGGUUGGCCGUGAAAUCGCGUUGCUCGAGUGAAAAAUAUAUGGAAAAUCGCAGUUAGUAAAAUGAAUAUCCUUGCACACCUACUCGGAUUACUUUGCAUCGGAUUUGCGGCAUCUGCAAGUCUGAAUGCGGAUCUUGGCCAACAAGCAGUGGAAUUCGCGAACGAUGGCGCAUACACCACCAGUGACUCCACCGAUGUCAGUCCCAACUUUACAGACACACCCGAUCCAUCCCCAGAACCCUCGGACAAUUGUCCCUCACUGUCCAAUGCCUAUGCCUUAAGUCAAACACAAUUGAUUUCCCGAUUAACAGACCCCUGUCGCUAUGAUCGAAACGAGCCACCGAUAACAGUAAAUGAUAUCGGGGAGAUUGUACCCAUUGACGUCUAUACUCAAUUUUAUAUCUAUGCGCUGAAGGAUCUGGACUCGAAUGACUUGCAGUUUAUGCUGCAAGGCCUGCUCCAGUUCAGAUAUAACGACACCCGUUUGGCAUUUGCAGACUAUGCCCCAAAUCGACAGCAGCCGAUUGUGGGUGAUUCCGAUUUGAGGAAUUUACUUUGGGUGCCGCACAUCUUUCUGGCCAAUGAGCAGAGCUCGAAUGUCCUGGGCACCAACGAGAAGGAUAUGCUGACCACCAUUUAUCCAGAUGGCACUGUCUUGGUAUCGACUCGCAUACAGGCCACUCUAUAUUGUUGGAUGAACUUCGAGAAGUUUCCGUUCGACGACCAGAAAUGCACCACAGUCAUCGAGAGUUGGAUGUAUAAUACUUCAAUGCUGACGCUCCACUGGGAGCUGACGAAGCCAGUCAGUUUCCACACCCAACUCCAGCUAACGGAAUACGAUCUAUAUGGUUGGGUGUGCAAUGAGACCGUCAGCGUCUCAGAUACAUUUACCAUGUCACAUGGUGCUCUACAGGGCAACUACAGUGCGUUGAGUUUUAGUGUGAUGCUUAGUCGUGAGGUUGGAUAUUAUAUAAUCGACUACUUUGUGCCCUCGAUGAUGAUAGUGGCCAUAUCCUGGGUAUCCUUUUGGCUGCAGGCAGAUCAAACACCCGCACGCACCAUGAUGGGUUGCUCGACGCUGCUGUCCUUCAUAACCCUUUCACUGUCGCAGGAGAACAGCCUGUCGAAGGUCAGCUAUGUGACCAUGUCAGAGGUUUGGUUCUUAGUCUGCACCGCCUUCAUUUUUGGCAGCCUCAUGGAGUUCGCGUUCGUGAACACUAUUUGGCGUCGGAACAAUAAUCUGGAGCUGAAAAAACGCAGCACCAAAUAUAUUGUACGAUCCACAUUUGUGCCCAGACUGAAAAGGAAUCCGAGAAGCUUCAAUCGCAGUACGAGUUCACUAAGCAGCUGCAACAAGGUCUGUGGCAGCAAUCAAAAUAACACAGUCAUCACCAUUGAGACGCCCAUCAUCAUUGCCGAUGGCUUGAGCAGAGAGAAUUCCGCAAUAAGUCUGGAAGAAAAUGAUGUUAGCAUCAGUUCCGGUUCCACAGCUGAGUUGACGCAAUCGAAACCAGAGGAGAAGCCAGCACAAACAUUUGCCACAAUGACACCCAAGGAGGUAUCUCUUUGGAUCGAUCGCAAGAUGCGUUUCAUCUUUCCACUCGCAUUCCUCAUCUUCAAUGCCCUCUUCUGGACACUGGUCUACUGUCUGUAAGGCGGUUGGAUAUAGUAUUUAUGGUGAUAGUAUUUAUCAGUUAUCCAUAGUGAAUGCAAUGCUCAGCGGCAGACAAAACUGUGCCACACAAAGAACACCUUAAACUCUCUACUUUACUUUACUUAAUUAUGCUCUCAGAAAACCAGAAAUAAAUUUUAGAAUUUUGUAACUUAAAAAAAAGAAGUUUAAAACAACAAAUACAAUUUGUAAAGAAUAAAAAUCAACGUAUUUUAAAGUAUUUAGUUUUUAAUUGAUUAUGUUUUAAGAGAUUUCCGAAAACAAAUUUUGUACAAAAAGAAAAUAUUUAGUUAUUAUCUAAGCAAGUUUUUGUUAUUCACAUUUUCAGCAAAUUCGAACUUAAUCGAAAUUGUCUAAUAAUAUUAAGUAGUCUUACAUAGUCAUAUAGUAAACGUAUUUAUGCAUUUUACAUUAAACACAAUUUGUAUACACAAACU